AUGAUCGGACACCAUAUGUAUUCAGCGAUGAUUUUCUUGGUGUCUGAGAGAUCUAAGUUUAAGAGAUCUGAGAGUGGAGACAUGGUCUCUGUGUUCGAAGAGAGGAAGAAGACGAUCGAAUUAACCAAUCACAGAAGAGAGAGAGAACCCGAAGGACUGAGGAAGGAGAAGAAGACUAGAGAGACCGAUGGGAUUGAUAGGAUGGUGAAGGAGGAAUCUAUUGCGGUAACUGAGACCGAAGUCGACGGCAUCGCCAAAGACAUGUGGUGGUGGAACAAUGAGGCGGAUGUGGGAUCGUCGGAGAAAUCCUCCGGCGGAAGAUCAAGGUGUCAAAACGGAGGGGAGGAACAAAAGACGCCGUGUGGCACUCAUUUUUCUUUUCUUCCACUUUGA